UGGAACACGUUAUAAAUGCUGGUGUGAAAACCCCGGAUUCGCCUCACACACACUUCACAGCGCGUUAAGUUAUAGUCACACAACAGACGGCAGAGAUGUGGAAACGUCUGCUUUUCACCGCCGCUAUCAUGGCCUGGACAGCCCCGUCACAAGGGCAAGAGUUCCUGGCAACCGUAGAUGGUUGGGAAUUCUUCAAGGUUCCCUCUCCGGGCGUCAUGUCCAAUACCAACGUCAAGGCCACGUGCGAGGCGGCGGGGAUGAGCUACCCCUGCUAUGACGUGAGUGAAACCUGUGACCAUGGCAGGCACUGGACGUCGGGAUGCAUCAGCUUCAACGUCGACGCGUACGGUGGUCAUCUGACCUGCCACACCCCGACCGCCCUGUCCCUCGCCCUGUGCGGCCACACCAUCCCCCGGUUCUGUGAGCAGCUGGACGACACGUUCGUCUACAACCCCAACACCUGGAGCGGAGACAGCGCCUACGGUACAGACUAUCAAACAGGCGCCAACCUGUUCGGGUCCUUCCACCGCGACAAGAUCGCCCUGUGCGCAGUGGACCCCUCCAGUGCCCCCAGCGUCACCGACGUUCCCAAAGUCACUGACGUCACCGGCGCAACAGACGUCAUCGACGUAACAGACAUCCCCGACGCCCCCGGUGCCACCGACGUCCCGAAAGUCACCGACGGCACGGACCGCCCUGACGUUACAGACGUUUCGGGUGGCACUGACGUCACUGACGUCCCCGUUACUGACAUCACAGACGGUUACGAAGUCACCGAUGUCCCUAAAGUUACCGAUGGCAGCAACAUCAACGACGUCAUCACAGGGUGAACAUGAAGGGGCCAGUCUGCUGGCACUUGGUGCUCAGUAUUGAUGAUGGAAUAAAUGUAAGAUUACAAAAGAAACCCUCA